AUGAGUUUGGUCAGCAACGAGUAUGAUACUUUGAUUGCUGAAUAUGGUAAAUUUUUAGAGUCCGUUAAGAUUGAAGAAUCAACAGUUGAGAUCGUUACAAAAGAACAGGGCAAACUUCAUGUCCAUCUAACGAAACAAGGUUGGACUAUUCUUACAUCUACUAUAGAGCACGUUAGACAAAAUGACAUAUUCGAGACUUCUGAGGCUUUGCUUAUGACUGCUUCACCAACAUUUAGCCGGCUUUGGAAUGAAAAGUUGUUUGAUAGGCUGAAUCAACUACAGCAAGAUGGCGAUAGCUGA